CUGAUAAUAAUUUUUCUAAAUAUUUAAUUGGUCAUCAGGUUUGAACGACGCCCCACCGUUCCAACAUGGCUGACGCGGACGCUCGCGCCGCGAGGAAGGCGAGGAUAUUGGCAUCGCAAGAGAAGCGACUCAAGUACGUCUCCGGUCAAGCCGACUCGUUGAAGAAGUCGACCGAAGAGGAGCAUGAGGAGAAGACCCUCGACGACAUGCUCGAGGAAUUGCAUCCUGAAACCAGCGACGAAGUCAAGGGACUUGUCAUGCCCACCAUUCGGGCAGACCCCGCGCAACGUCGAAGGGACGCUGCCCUGCGGAAACAAAAACAGCAAGAGAAAGUUCAGGAAAGGUUGCAUGGAAUAACGCCAUCCGUGACCGAUCCUGUUCCAAGCUCGACUCCAGAUGCUGUCCCUUCUACGACAUCGCCGCCAAACGUGUACGAAUCCAAAGCAGCGACUACGACCACAGCGCCACAACGCAAUGCAGCUGCGUCGUCCGCAGAGCUUGUCAAACUGACCAAGGCGAAGCAAGACCUGCUUUUCUUCCGCGUCGAACAAUGGGCCGUGCUGCUCGUCCUGAUCGUCGCAGCCGCCGUCGUAGGCUUCUACGCGGACAUCCAAGACUAUGCAUUGGACCCCCGCUUGAAGGACGUCGACGAUUUGCUCGCCCAGGGAUUUACCUUGGCAUCUAUCAAGCAGCAGCUUGAGCGUGACAACGCGGACUUGUCCUUCCUUGACAAACGGUCGCUCGCUGAUACGUCGACGCAAUUACCCGUGAACACGAUCCCGUUCCUCCCGUCCUUCAUCUUCGACAUGUUCAUACCGGCCGUGGUGAACCCCCCGCUCCUGCUCUUCCCUAUCCUCGCGCGCUUGCUCCUUGGCGGACUCUUCUUUGGUGCGCGCAGUGUCCUCGACGUUCCGUCCACGGGCGACCACGAGAGCGACGACUCUGGGUGGAUCAUGAAGCUGCUCUUGUCACAAGUGCCCAUUCUCCGCGAUGGUUUCCGCAUGGUCAAGAAGACUGGGGAUGACUUUUGUCUCUUCUUGAUGGUGCUGUGCAUUACGGUCGCCGUCCGCGCCGUCGUCGCUGGGGUGUAAUUCUGGUCAAAAUAGUCAUUUAUCCCAUGAAUCUCGUAACGGCUAGUAUUACUAAACGCAUAGUACUAUUACUACUAAAAAGAGUCGAAAUUUAUUGCACAA